AUGAGCUCCAGCAGCGAUGUCAUGUUUGCUCUGGUAACCAACAGGAACAUCACGUACCCCCCCAUCACCACCACUGCUCCAAACUCACGACUGACACGGCCCGGAGCUGACCUUGAAUUAGAAACCACUGCUCUUAGUCACGAGCACACACCCAGUGUUGAUCCCGUGUCACAAAAUUGCACCGUCUUGAGAAUAAUGGAGCAGGAUGGUAUUGAUUGGGAGCAGGUUUGUAAAAGAUACUCCCCUAUGCCGCUAAGAUACCCGGCCAUCUUCUGCCCGACACGCACGCCUCGGUGA